UCACCCCCCAAAAGCGGCUAAUUCACUAUAACUCCGCGGCGUCUCCCCCAGCCCCGGCUCUCGGCAGCUGCCCAUGGAACGGAGCCCUCCGCCUGCAUCCUGCGAGCAGGACCGGAGCAUCCGCAGAGGAGCCGCGAAGGAUCCAGGCGGACUUCCCUGCCCCAGCGCCCCAGGUCACACCUGGACGUCAUGAACAAGGACAUGUCCUACAACUCCACUGAAGGCCAGCAGGGCUGGUUUGCAGCCAGUAAUGGCAGAAGCAGCUCCUUGAACCUGGACUCUGUGGUGCAACCUCUUGCCCUGAAUCCCUGGGAUGUGGUACUUUGCAUCUCUGGGACCAUCAUCUCCUGCGAGAAUGCGAUUGUGGUAGCUGUCAUAUUUUACACCCCUGCCUUCCGGACUCCAAUGUUCCUGCUCAUCGGGAGUCUUGCCAUUGCUGACUUCCUGGCCGGCCUGGGACUGAUAUUCCACUUUGCCUUUGUCUAUUGCAUCCAGUCGCAGGUGGUGAACCUCAUCACUGUGGGACUACUGGUGACCUCAUUCACUGCCAGCGUGGGCAGCCUGCUGGCCAUCACCGUAGACCGCUACCUUUCCCUCUACAACGCACUGACUUACUAUUCAGAAAGGACGGUCACCAGGACUUACAUCAUGCUGAUCCUGACCUGGGGGUUUUCCAUCUGCUUUGGGCUGCUGCCUGUCAUGGGUUGGAACUGCUUGAAAGACGUCUCCACCUGCAGCAUCGUGAAGCCCCUGACCAAGAACAACCUCAUCAUCCUCUCCAUCUCCUUCUUCAUGGUCUUUGCAGUGAUGUUGCAGCUCUACGUACAGAUCUGCAAGAUAGUUUGCAGGCACGCCCACCAGAUCGCUGUGCAGAGGCACUUCCUGGCCACCUCACACUACGUCACCACCAGGAAAGGCAUCUCCACCUUAGCUGUCAUCUUGGGGACUUUUGCUUCUUGCUGGCUGCCCUUUGCCAUUUACUGCCUCCUGGGAGAUUACACCUACCCAGUCCUCUAUACCUACAUGACCAUCCUCCCUGCUACCUACAACUCCAUGAUUAACCCCGUUAUCUAUGCCUUCAGGAACCAAGAGAUCCAGAAAGUGCUGUGGACUGUGUGCUGUGGGUGUUUCUCUUCCACAAUGCCUUUCAGGUCCAGAUCUCCAAGCGACGUCUGACGCAUCAGCCCUCGGUCCAAAGACCCAUUUGCACACGAUGUUCCCCUUUUUGCACAACCACAGAGAUUUUGUGAGAGCUCUUAAAGAUUCUGUGUCUCCUAUGAUUCCCCUUCCCUUGUGUGCAUGAGCUGCUCUCUUCCUUUAUUUUUCCACUUUUAGAAUUUACGGAAGAAAAAAAAUAUUUAUUUUUUAUCCAUAAUAAAUAAAUAAAAUAUGUAUAUUUGUGAGUGUGUGAGAGAUCCUCCAUAAAUAUUUUCUUUGACACAAUAUUUAUGGUGCAUUUUUUUUAAAGACAGACAAUAUCUUUUUGUUCUUUUGGCUUUUAUACAGCCUGGUUAAUUACCUCAGCUCUUCAGAUAUUAUUUUCUACAUCAAAGAUCCAUUGUUUCCCCUGUAACAAGGGACCAGAACCAAACCAGCUUUUUUUUUUUUAAAUAUUUAUGCAUUAUUUAUUAAUUUAUUGUUAUUUAUGACCAGCUUUUCCAAGACAAUAGAUUUUUCUGAACUCUGUAGUUUGCUGCCCUCUUGUGUUCACGCUGUUUUAAUACAAAAACUAAUGGUGGCUCCUUUUGCAUGUUGAGUACCCUGGGUGGUAUUAGGUAAUGGAAUGUUUUAACUGUAUCAAAUAUAGACAACUGGAGCGAAAAAGGGAAUGUUGCAAUAUUAGACUGUGCCUAUAAAAACCCAAGGGCUCAGAUGAUCCGAGUUGCUUUCUAAACCAUUGCACUAGAAACUAUUCAAUUAACUAAAGUUUCUGUCCCAGGAGAGACAGAUUGCACGUGUUCAACUGGCCAAAUUCAGAUUCAGAGGACAGCUAUUCGGUGUACUGUACGUUCUUCAGGUUUGCAUGAAUCUGGAAAGGAAGUGAAUGUAAGAGGCACUUUGGACAUUUGAAAUCUCACUGCAUUGUUGCACAGACUCUUGUUCCAUGUGAUUUGGAAAGUACUGUAUUCUUGUUUACAAUUGUAAGAGAAAAAUAAAGAUAAUUUGUGAUACAA